GGUUACGCACUUCAUCACAUUGCGAAUUAAGUCUUACCUUCUGAUGUGUAAUCUACCCACUGGAAUAUAGGCCUAUAAUAGUGGGAAUAACUGACAGUUUAUCAACAAUUGUGAGAACUACUUGUUUAGCAGAGAUGACACAGCAAGGCCCGGAUGUGCUAUUGACCUGCGUGGAGGUUAGCUUUGUGAUCGCUUGUCAAACGUGGCUCGCUCGCAUCUUCUCUUCCUUAACGACAUUACCAUAAAACGUCGGAGAAAUUUUCGGAAACAAGAUGUCCACUGGGGUGUUGAUAUAAACUUCUUGUAAACUGAACUAACUCAAGCCUUAUGUAUCCAGCCUCAGGUAAGGGUAAAAAGAUACAGAGGUCUUCCUGGACAAAUCGUUACAGACAGAUCAGACCUGACUUGACAAUGCGGCCAUGUUGGAAGAAAGAAAGAGCCCAAGAAAUCGAAAGGAAUAUCAAGGUCAACAAUGUCAGCUAUAAUGCCCAGUUUAAUUAUGCUAGCAAUCACAUCAAGACCUCCAAAUACAACAUCCUCACCUUCCUGCCAAAGAACUUGUUUGAACAGUUCCAGAGAAUUGCCAAUGCAUAUUUUCUGGGACUCCUUAUACUCCAGCUGAUCCCACCAAUCAGUUCAUUGGAACCUGUCACCACCAUCUUCCCCCUAUUUCUGGUGCUCUCUAUAUCCGCCAUUAAGGAUGCAAUCGACGACAUCCAAAGGCAUCGUAGUGAUAACCAGGUCAAUAGCCGGCUAUCCUCCGUCCUCCGCAAUGGCCAGAUGGUGGAGGAACGCUGGGACAGCGUGGUCGUCGGCGACAUCAUCCGCAUGGAGAGCAACCAGUUUGUGGCUGCUGAUCUGUACCUCCUGUCUACCAGUGAACCCAACAGUCUGUGUUAUAUAGAAACAGCUGAGUUAGAUGGGGAGACCAACUUGAAAGUGAAACAAGCCUUGCCAGAAACUGCUGAGAUGGGGGAUGACCUGGAACAAUUGUCCCAUUUUAGUGCGGACAUCAUCUGCGAGCCCCCGAACAACCGCCUGAAUCGUUUUGAGGGGACGAUGAAGUGGGAAGGGACAACAUUCUCUCUGGACAACGAGAAGAUGCUGCUGAGAGGUUGUGUGCUACGCAACACCAAAUGGUGCUAUGGCCUGGUCAUCUUUGCCGGCCGCGACACGAAGCUCAUGAUGAACAGUGGAAAAGUACAGUUUAAGAGGACUAAUAUUGACAGGCUCAUGAAUGUCUUGGUGAUAGGGAUUUUUGUGUUCCUGUGCUCAGUCUGUCUUAUUUGUAUGACAGCCUGUGGGGUCUGGGAGACUGUAACUGGCUAUGACUUCCAGAUUUACCUCCCCUGGGAAGACUUUAUCCCAGGUUCCAGUGCCAACCCGGAGAAGUCAAAUGAUACCAAAGAAAAUGGUGCAACUGUGAUAGCUCUGCUUGUAUUCCUCUCUUACAUCAUCAUCCUUAAUACUGUAGUGCCUAUUUCUCUCUACGUCAGUGUGGAGAUGAUCCGACUGGGGAACAGCAUGUGGAUCAACUGGGACACCAAGAUGUAUUAUUCAGUUACAGACUGUCCCGCCAAAGCCAGAACGACUACGCUGAAUGAAGAGUUGGGACAAAUAGAGUAUAUCUUCUCUGAUAAGACAGGCACACUGACUCAGAACAUCAUGGCCUUCAAGAAGUGCUCUAUAGAUGGUCAAUCCUACGGAGAUGCUUAUGAUGACUUUGGGAACCAAAUUGACGUGACAGAGAAGACCCCUUUGGUUGAUCUGUCGUACAACCCACAUGCCGAGCCCAAUUUUGAGUUCCACGACACCACUCUGAUAGAGGAAAUAAAAAAUGGCAAUGCCAAAGUGCACCAGUUCUUCCGGCUAAUUGCCCUCUGUCAUACUGUGAUGCCUGAGGAGAAAGAUGGUAGACUAGAGUACCAGGCUCAAUCUCCAGAUGAAGGAGCACUUGUCUCUGCCGCCAGGAAUUUUGGCUUUGUUUUUAAGUCCAGAACACCUACUACCAUAACGAUAGAAGUCUUGGGGAAAACAGAAGUGUAUGAGUUGUUGUGCAUCUUAGAUUUUAACAAUGUGCGGAAAAGAAUGUCUGUGAUUGUGAGGAAAGAUGGCAAGAUUGAACUGCUGUGUAAAGGAGCUGACUCAUUGGUUAAUGCUCGCGUAGACCCAAGCUGUGCUGAACUCAAAGAAUUGACAAGCCACCAUUUAAAUGAAUUUGCUCAAGAUGGGUUGAGAACUCUGUGCUGUGCUGUGAAGCCUAUAGAUGAGGCUUACUAUAACAAGUGGAAGCAGAAAUAUCAUGAAGCAUCGACCAGCAUGGAGAAUCGAGAGGACAAAAUUGAAGCUGUGUAUGAAGAAAUCGAGGCCAACAUGACGCUGAGAGCUACAGCCAUAGAGGACAAACUGCAGGAUGGUGUCCCGGACACGAUAGCUAAUCUGGCUCUGGCCGGCAUCAAAAUCUGGGUGCUGACUGGGGAUAAACAAGAGACGGCGAUGAACAUCGGCUAUUCGUGCCACCUGCUGACUGACGAGAUGGAGGAGAUCUAUGUUGUGGACGGUGACACAUUUGAGGAGGUUCAAGACCAGCUGAGCAACGCACGCAAUCAGAUGAGGGACAUGAUGGAUAAGUACAACCCAGAUAAAGUGGCGUAUCAGAAUGGGGGCUACAUCUCCCACGGGGAGGACUUUGGGCUGGAGGAACCAGGGGGUUAUGCUCUUGUCAUCAACGGGACCAGUCUGGUACAUGCCCUGAAGAAGGAGAUGGAGGUUUUACUACUGGAGGUGGGCUGUCUGUGUAAGGCUGUGAUCUGCUGUAGGGUGACCCCGCUACAGAAAGCUCUUGUUGUUGAUCUCAUCAAGACCCACAAAAAGUCCAUCACUCUGUCCAUUGGAGAUGGGGCUAAUGACGUCAGCAUGAUCAAAACGGCUCACAUUGGUGUUGGAAUCAGUGGGCAGGAAGGUAUGCAGGCCGUCCUGGCUAGUGACUAUGCCAUUGCUCAAUUCCGCUUUCUGGAACGCCUUUUGCUGGUGCAUGGCAGGUGGUCAUACUUCAGGAUGUGUAAAUUCCUCAAGUACUUCUUCUACAAGAAUUUUGCGUUCACCCUCUGUCAUUUCUGGUUUGCAUUCUUUUGUGGAUUCUCUGCUCAGACAUUGUACGAUCCUUACUUCAUCACGCUGUACAAUGUGUUCUAUACCUCACUACCCAUCCUCACCUUAGGGGCGUUUGAUCAGGAUGUUAACGAUUACUACAGCGUUCGUUAUCCCAAGCUGUAUACGCCAGGUCAUCUGGAUUUACUCUUCAACAAGAAGGUGUUUUUCUGGAGCGUUGUGGAGGGUAUAGUUACCUCCCUUGUGCUGUUCUUCAUUCCAUAUGGGGCUUUCAAAGGUGGGGUUAGCCCGUGGGGGUCUGAUAUUUCCGACCACCAGUCCUUUGGGGUGGCUGUGGCUAGUAUAUUGGUCGUGGCUGUUAAUUUACGGUGUGCCAUUGACACCUCCUACUGGACUGGCUUUAACCACUUGUUUAUCUGGGGCAGCAUCAUUUACUACUUUUGCUUCUCGCUUGUGUUCUACUAUGACAAGGUGGGCUACGUGUACAUGGGUACGGCUUACGCGGUCUUUUCCUCGGCUGCCUUCUGGUUCAGCCUCCUCCUCACUUGCGUCAUUCUCAUUGUGCCUGUCGUCGCCUUUCGUUUCUUCACCACCAACAUCACCCCAACCCUCAUCGAUAAAGUCCGCAUGCGUCAGAGGUUCCACAAGACCAAAUCUAAGUCCAAAGACCCGAUCUCGAGGCGUCAAUCUUCUGUUCGCCGCAGCACCAGGUCUCUGCGCUCGGGUUAUGCCUUUGCUCACCAGGAGGGCUUCGGGGAGCUGAUUACCAGUGGGUUGAACAUGAGGCAGCGAGUUGACAGUGAAGAGAAGAACCAUCGGAACGGUGACGGGCCUGUGAGGCUUACAGGAAUUUCACGCAUACAGAGCAUAGAGCAUGCAUCACCAUAUGCCAAGUCAGCCUAUGUAUAAUAGAGACGGCUUGCACCUGCCAAUAGGUGAUAAAUGCUUUACAAAUGAUGUGAAAGCUGUGGUGAUAAUGAGUCAGAAUGCCCCAGGUAUUUUGUCCUGGGGAAGUUGGUACUUACCGCCAAACUGGGCACCAUCCCAGAAGCCAUGCAAACUGAACGGAGGGAUGAGGGUGGACAACUUCUGUCUCUGUCUUUCUCAGCUCCUUUCUAGCUGCAGUAGAUAGUGGGAGGCGGCACUUUAGAGAAGAGCUAUAAAUCUGCUGUGUGCGGUGUCUAUUGUGUGAGCUAUCCUAAGUGUAGCUCACCUUUUGUGGACUGGGCUAUUAGUAACCUCCCCCGGCUGACAUAGGGUUCAUUUUGUGGGAGACUGCGGUAGGAGCUGCCUCCUGUGUCUAACUGGAGUUCACAAUGGGAAUGUGGUAGGAGUUGCCUCCCCUGUGUGCCCUCCAACCUGUGACCGGGAUUCACAGGGGGCUAAUGUUGAGUUGGGCUGUGAGAUCCCUCUGCUACCCAGUCGUUGUUGUCACAUCCUGAACUGGAUAAAUUAUAGGCACUCGUUUAAGACUUCACAAGGUAUUUUAAUCUAUCCACUGACAGAAUGAAAGUGUAAAUGGCACAUCUUAUGUAUUGUUUUUUUUUUUUGUUCAUUUUUUUUUUGUUUGUUUCAAACUUACACUUUAAAAUAAUAUCCCUCCUGUUCAUGAGAAGCAGUGUCCAGUUCUAUUUAGAUAUAAAGGAAGUGUUCAUAUGAUUUGUUAAGUUGGAUAUUAUUCCCAGCAAUUCAGUCUAUAUUGAGAGAAGAUUUUAGAUAAUUCUAUAUUAGAAAGAGUUAAAUAUAUAUAUAUAUUUAAAUAUACAUGUAUAUUGUUAUAACUUGUACAAAUAACUGCAUAAUGUGAAUAUUCUGAUGACAUGUUUAUGAGUCUUCUGAUGACAUGUUUAUGAGUCUUCUGAUGACAUGUUUAUGAGUCCUGUACAUAAUUGUAUGUAUACAUUAAAAUGUAUAUGCUGCAGUGCAUUAUAAAAUGACACACUCAUCACAAAUAUCAUGGUGCAUCAAGUCAGGGGCAGAGAACUUGUGCUACGUUGUACAAAAAUCGUUCCCAGUUUAAUAAAGUGUUUACUGUUUAUUAAUUGGGACAUUUUGCUGUAACCAUGACAACUGAAUUCCUUUAAUGAUUACUCCUUAAUUAAUUAAUUAUGCCGACCUACAGCUGCUGUCAUAAUAUAUAUGUAAAAUUGGUUUUGUCUGAGUGACCAGUUCUUUCGUAUUAUCAUGUGGAUCUAUACUUGACUGAACACUCUGCAGGAUUGAAAAUAAAGUGAUGAAUUGCAUUAUCUGCAUCUAAGCCUUAUGGAUGGAUGACCCAGUUUUUGCUGCGACAGUCAUGCGAGGUGACAAAGAUGUAUAUAAUUCCCAGCCUGGUCAGCAUUGGCAGAGAUAUUGAGCCACAAAUGUUUUCUAUGUUCACUUUCUAUGUGUAGCUCGUUUUCUUGAGUAUGAAUUCUUGUUUACACCAUUGUCAGUUUUUCUUAUGGCCAUAAUUGAAAUUUUGUGAUAAAUCUAUAGCAUUCACAGGGAAGAAGUAGACCUCUACUUUGCCAGAUGGGCACUGCAUUUUGGUAAAUCAGAAUAAAGGAAGUCUAUAUUUGGAGAAUGUUUUUUUACUAAGCCCAUUUGCAUCUUACAACACAUGAGGAUCUCCUUUGUUCCCUCUAGAUACAAUUAUUGUGUUGAUUGCUGGGAUUGCAGACACACCUGUGUUCACGUUUUACAAAGUCUUUUAUCAUUCUUACUUAGCUAGCUUUUUAUAUAUACAUGUACCCUUGAUCAUGACAUGUUUUUGAACUUUAAAUGUUUUAAUUUUCUUUUGAUCUAUUUUUAGCGUUAUUAAUUUAGAUUACCUUAUCAGGUAUUUGACUUGUAUGGGGUUUAUGUACAAAGAUUUUAGACCUAGGGUAGGUAGGGUUUGCAGGUAAACCUCUUUCAUGAUCUUGCGUGUGUCAUUGAAAACAUUGAAAUGUUUUUGUAGAAAUUUUGAAUUCCACCUGUCAUUGAAGUUUAAUACGUUUGUAGCAGCAGUUUUUAUGGAAAAUUUAAAUGGCUUCAAGAACCUACGCUUUGUAAAUUUUUCAUUUGUCUUUUUGUAAAAUUUGGAGCAAUCAUGACGUGUGCGUUAUAAUAAAUAAUGGAAAAAGAAACAGAACAUAUCACCUGUUUUGAAAACAAGGCCAUCUCCCUCAGCUCUGUGCAAUAUCUGUUGCAGACACAUGUAGCUUAUUAGUGGAUAGGUAAGUUAAAUUACGUUUGAUCUCUUUAUUCAGGACAGCUGCACGUAUACAUAUAGGUAACUGAUGUAUCAUUGUUCUCUUAAUUACAGGUAAGUGAAGAUUGUGAUUUCAUGUUUGUCCAUUACCAAAGUGGUUUCCAACUGGCAACAUUUAACUUAUUCGAAAGUUCAUAUUGCUUUGUACAUUUGUUGUAUUUGUUGGUGUUUUUGAAUCAUACCCAUUCCACUUUAGUUACAUAAUCGUAUAAUCAGCACCAUACAGUCAUGUAAGUUAUUGUCCAAAGCUUAUUGUGACAAAUGAAUUAGCGGGUCCACUGUGUUGUUGCAAAAGUCCAUUAGACAAACUUUAUCAGGAGUUUAGAAUUCAUUGAUCUAUAAAAUGGGCAUUGCAUUAAAUUUGUUACAGUUUGUAGCUGUUAAGCCAUAUUAAUUAAUCUAUACAUAUAUAUUUUUUAAAUGUACAUAAAGUGUAUCUAUACAUACAAUCAUGUACUCUGUUUUGCUGUCACAACAGUAUGUAUUGUCAGUAUAACAAUGGAAAGUUAAAGUGAUAGUAGACUCAGUUGCAUCUAAAAUAUCAAUCAUGGUAUCUGAUUUUGCUGCUAUUGUCAACUAGAGGCCUGGCUAAUCUUUACCCAUUAACAUUUCUUUUCUCUGUAGAAAUGGUUUGAAACAGUUUUGUUCCCUGCUGGAUAUAGAUAUAUGUUUUUGCUAUUAUUAAAGCGCCAGUCUGUUUUUAUCUGGGUGAAUAAGUCUUGGUACAUGUACUAAAGCUGCUAUCUUCACUUGAAAGUGAAGGGUUAGGCGAGGCAACUCUCAGACAGUGCUGACUUUUUUUUUUCUGCUGAAAACUUCUGACAUACCGUUUACUUUAUACGCUGCUUUUGUGUACGAUACAAAACAUGAGACUACUGUUCCAGCUGAAAAAGCAAUAAAGUCACUCUUAUUUUCUGUAA